GAAUCGUCUGCGUUUCCUGUGCGGAAUCCACACCAAUAUCAGGAAGUUAGGGCGGUGGUUGAAGAAGAUCAGCGCCUCCUGUGUGAAAGCCGUUUCUCGACGAAGUGUAAGAACACCAAAACAGCAACAUGUCUAGCAAAAGGACCAAGGCCAAGACCACCAAGAAGCGCCCUCAGCGCGCCACCUCCAAUGUCUUCGCCAUGUUCGAUCAGUCACAAAUCCAGGAGUUCAAGGAGGCUUUCAACAUGAUUGACCAGAACCGUGAUGGAUUUGUAGACAAGGAAGAUUUGCAUGACAUGUUGGCAUCUCUGGGCAAGAACCCAACGGAUGAGUACCUGGAGGCCAUGAUGAUGGAAGCACCAGGGCCCAUCAACUUCACCAUGUUCCUCACAAUGUUUGGUGAGAAGCUGAAUGGCACAGAUCCAGAGGACGUGAUCAGAAAUGCCUUCGCAUGCUUCGACGAGGAGGGCACAGGCUUCAUUCAGGAGGACUACCUGCGGGAGCUGCUAACCACUAUGGGCGAUCGCUUCACAGAUGAGGAGGUAGAUGAGCUGUUUAGAGAAGCACCCAUUGACAAGAAAAGCAACUUCAACUAUGUGGAAUUCACCCGCAUCCUCAAGCACGGCGCCAAGGACAAGGACGAUUAAAAACACUGCUUUAUUCUGCUUACCACCCCUCUCCCUUUCUCCCGUCUUCGGUAAACCCGUGUCCGCCCUCACUCCGGUUAGAACUCUGCAUGUCUGCUGUAAACUUUGACAGAGUUUCAUGAGAUGGGCUACUUUAGUGUGUAUGUGGGGGAUGGUGUGUAUCCAACAUGCUUACUUACAAAGUUCAAGAAUAUUCCAACCCCAUCAAGCAGGUCCUUUUAUUUUGUGCUUAAAAAUAAAACCAGUUUAAAUGUGAAAACUCAACAUGGAAUUAUGGAAAGCACCUCUGGUUCUUGUGAUGGCCUGGCUUAGCUGAAUUUUUACAUUUUGUAAUAAAUAUGGAACUUUUUAAAUAAAUCUACUCUAUCCAAAUAUC